AUUCGUUUUUGUCAAAAAAGAAAUAUCAACGUCUACUCUCUACAGCUCCAGCACCAAUUAUUUCCAACUCGAUACGCACUUCCUUUUUUUUUUAUUCUUUUUGCUGUUUAUUAUUUUGGGAUUCAUAUAUUCAUCUUACUGAAGUGAACUUUUUUUUUUUUUUUUUUUCUUCUUUUACACAUUUUUGAUUCUUGAAAAAUGUAUCCAACCAUAGCUUGGAUUCUGAGAUUACACUGCUGCUUGUUGUUCUUGAUAUUUGCAGAGUCCAGAGUUCCUCAAGAAGAAGUGAAUGUCCUCCAACAAAUUGCCAAAACGAUGGGUGCAACAUAUUUGAGUUUCGAUGCAGAUUUAUGCAGAGUUGAAGGUGUUGGAGUCCCAGUUAAGCUAGCGUGGCAUGAGAAAAUUGUUGGAUGUGAUGAUGAAGACCACAUCACAACAAUUGUAUUAAAGGGUUUAAAUCUUCCAGGAGUACUCCCACCUGAAUUGGUAAAGCUUCCCUACAUCAAAGAAAUUGAUUUUGCGUACAAUUAUCUCAGUGGCAGAAUACCAGUUGAGUGGGCUGCAACGCAGCUGACUAACAUCUCUGUUACUGUAAACCGGUUGUCAGGGGAAAUCCCAAAGGAGUUGGGAAACAUCAGCAGCCUUUUGUACCUGAAUCUCGAGGCGAACCAGUUUUCAGGCAGUGUUCCUUCUGAACUAGGGAAAUUGAUCUACUUGCAAACCCUGAUUUUAUCCUCCAACCAAUUGGUGGGGAAGUUGCCAACUUCAUUUUCCAAACUCGUAAAUUUAACGGAUUUUAGGAUAAGUGACAACAAUUUCAGUGGACAGAUUCCAGAUUUCAUACAGAACUGGAAACAACUUACCAAACUGGAGAUGCAUGCCACCGGACUAGAGGGUCCCAUUCCAACAAACAUAUCUCUUCUGAAUAAGUUAACAGAUUUGAGGAUCAGUGACAUAGGUGGACCAGUUCAGGCAUUUCCUUCACUGGGUGAUAUAAUGGGAUUCCAUAACUUGGUAUUAAGAAACUGCAGCCUUUCUGGAGAGCUUCCUGUAUAUAUUUGGGCGAUGAAGGAUCUGCAAACAUUAGACGUUACCUUCAACAAGUUAGUCGGAGAAAUCCCAAACAAUAUUAGUGCUAGAAGUAUGCUGAAGUUUGUGUUUCUUACUGGCAACAUGCUCAGUGGAGAUAUACCAGACUCUCUUUUGAAGAGUGGAAUAAAUGUUGAUCUUUCCUACAAUAAUUUUACAUGGCAAGGACCUGACCAACAUGCUUGUCAGCAGAACAUGAAUCUGUAUUUAAACUUGUACAAGAGCUCUGCAGCAGUAAGCCCCUUAAUGAGAAUUCAUCCAUGUACGAAGGAUUUUACUUGUCGUCGGUAUGGGUGUUCAUUACAUGUUAAUAGUGGUGGAAAUGAUUUUACUGUAAAGGAGAGCGAUGGAGAAGUUCAUUAUGCAGGAGAUGCAAGCGUUGAUGGUGGUUCUGCUAGAUAUUUCAGCAGUAGCACCAAUUAUUGGGGAUUGAGUAGCACUGGGGACUUUAUGGAUGAUAAUAAUGACCAAAAUGCACGUUUUAUUGAAAGUACACAAUCAAAAAGCCUCUCUGAAUUGUACAAUAAUGCACGGAUGUCUCCCCUCUCACUCACUUACUUCCGUUAUUGCUUGAGGAAUGGGAGUUACAAUGUCAGCUUGCACUUUGCUGAGAUAAGUUUUACAAAUGACAGCACCUAUACCAGUCUUGGAAGGCGAGUAUUUGAUAUAUACAUCCAGGAAAAAUUAGUUUGGAAAGACUUCAAUAUUGUGAAUGAGGCUGGUGGAGUUCAAACGCCUCUGGUUAGGCAUUUUAAAACCAGUGUGACAGAUAAUUUUUUGGAGAUUCGAUUUUACUGGGCUGGCAAAGGAACUAUCAGAAUCCCAGUUAGAGGGCAUUACGGUCCCCUAAUAUCUGCAAUCUCACUCAAACCAACUUUUGGAUCUUGUUCAGAGGAAGAUAAAAAGAAUAAAAAGAGUGCGACUGUUUAUGUUAUUGUUGGAGUAGUGGCUACAUGCAUUUUCCUGUUGUUAAUAAGCACGCUUUGGUGGAAAGGAUAUCUUCAAUGCAAAAAGAAACAGAGAAAAGAUUUAGAGGGCAUGGAGCUGCAGACCAUUUCUUUUACUUUAAAGCAAAUAAAGGCUGCAACUAAUAACUUUGAUGCUUCUAACAAGAUAGGGGAAGGUGGUUUUGGUGCAGUUUUCAAGGGCCGGUUAUCUGAUGGUACUUUAGUUGCAGUGAAGCAGCUCUCGCGUCAAUCAAGACAGGGGAACCGUGAAUUUUUGAAUGAGAUUGGCAUGAUUUCUUGUUUGCAACACCCAAAUCUUGUUAAGCUGCAUGGUUGCUGCAUUGAAGGGACUGAAUUACUGCUCGUAUAUGAAUACUUGGAAAACAAUAGCCUCGCUCGCGCAUUAUUUCCAUGUUGGAUAACUUUAGAUUCAGAGAAAAGUCAGUUGAUGCUUGAUUGGCCGACAAGGUUCAAGAUUUGUGUUGGGAUCGCUAAAGGUCUGGCUUUCCUUCAUGAGGAAUCAAGCCUUAAAAUUGUACACAGAGACAUUAAAGCUACUAAUGUACUGCUAGAUAGAGAACUAAAUCCCAAAAUUUCGGACUUCGGGCUAGCUAAACUUACUGAAGAUGAUAAUACCCAUAUUAGCACUCGAGUUGCUGGAACAAUAGGAUACAUGGCACCAGAGUAUGCACUAUGGGGCUAUUUGACUUACAAAGCAGAUGUCUACAGCUUUGGAAUUGUCCUCCUGGAAAUUGUUAGCGGCAAGCACAACUAUGGCUAUGUGCCUUCCGACAAUUUCAUUUGUCUUUUAGACUGGGCCUGUCACUUGCUGCAAAAUGGAAAAAUAGAGGAGCUGAUUGAUGAUAAAUUGGGUUCUCAGUUUAGCAAAGCAGAAGCCGAAAGGACAAUAAAAGUAGCACUAUUAUGCACUAGUGCGACGCCAUCACUCAGGCCUGUAAUGUCUGAGGCUGUAGGCAUGCUUGAAGGAAAAAUAGAUGCCCCUGAUAGUAUCCCAGAAGCAAGUAUGUAUACUGACGAUUUGAGAUUUCAAGCCUUGAAAGAUUUCCAACAAGAGAGGCUAAAUCAAAGUGCAUCAAGUAAUCAAGCUCAGUGUUCAAGCAUCCAAACUGCCUCUGAUCUCUGUGAAUACAACCCCGAAUCAAGAUCUGACUGACUCUCUAUUGUGUGUGUAUUCUUAUUUAAUCUCUUGCCGGUGUGCCUGUAUCUUAUGGCUCAUGAGGGAUUGCAUUGGUUCAAAGCCAUUCAUCGAGGUAUGAUUGUUGUAAGUUGUAACUAUUUGUUCAAUUUUUGUGAGUAAGAUUUCUAAAUGUACAUAAAUUACUAUCCCUAGAAAAAGUGUGAGGAGUUAUAUUUCUCCAGCUCUGCAUUUUUGCACCUCCUAGCUAGAUUUCAAAGUUGUAUAAAAUUCUGCCCCAUUGUGAUAUACCUGAAAUGUAGACUAUAUGGUCCUUCUGUAAACAAAAAAGGAUUCAUUGUUCAAUUUGUGUCAGUUGUAUCUUG